AUGCAGUUCACCACCUCCACUAUCGCCCUCGUCGCCGCCCUGAUGGCCUCGCACGCCUCCGGCAUGCCCACCACGCUCAUGGCUCGCGCCGACACCUGCGGCGCCACCCCCAGCGCCAGCAGCAGCCAGACACCCCUCUCUUCGCCGACUGCCUCCACGGCCGACGCCUGUCAGGCUCUCUGCGAGGCUGACGCCAACUGCAAAUCCUUCGUCUUUGGCCUGCCCCCCAACGCCGAUGCCCCCACCUGCGAACUCUUCUCCGUAGCCGCUGCCCAGGUCCCCGCGCAGGCCACUAACUUGGUCGUCUACGAUGUCGGCUGCGGUAGUGUUCCUAACACUAAGCCUACCGCCGCUGCUCCCCAUGGCGAGCUCGCCAACACUGGAUCUGACACUGGAGCCACCACUGGAGAGACUGGCACAGCCGCUGGCCAGGAGCAGCAACAACAACAACAACAGAAGCGUGACAUCUGCGGUGCCGAGCCCACGGGCUCUGGUUCUGCCCCUACUCCCCUUAAGUCCGACGCCGCGAUUACUUCGUCCGACGCCUGCCUAGCUCUGGGCCAGAGCACCAACGGCUGCAAAUCCAUCGAGUUCGGCACCUUCAACGCCGGCGAGGCCAAGCAAUGCCGCCUGUUCAACGUCGCUGCCGCCCAGCUUCCUCCACCCACCAAUGGCCAGAGCUUCGUCGCUUUCGAUGUUGGCUGCUAA